GGCGGACUUGAGAGUGCAGCGGUGCGAGGCGAUGGGCUCGUGCGGGGCGCUGGGCCUGGGGCUGCUGCUCGCCGCCGUGUGCGGGGCGGCGGCCGAGCUCCAUACCCUGCGGUACAUCCGUACGGCGAUGACGGAUCCCGGCCCCGGGCUGCCGUGGUUCGUGGACGUGGGGUACGUGGACGGGGAACUCUUCAUGCACUACAACAGCACCGCUCGGAGGGCUGUGCCCCGCACCGAGUGGAUAGCGGCCAACACGGACCAGCAGUACUGGGACAGAGAGACGCAGAUCGUACAGGGCAGUGAGCAGAUUAACCGCGAGAACCUGGACAUACUGCGGCGGCGCUACAACCAGACCGGCGGGUCUCACACAGUGCAGUGGAUGUCCGGCUGUGACAUCCUCGAGGAUGGCACCAUCCGGGGGUAUCAUCAGGCAGCCUACGAUGGGAGAGACUUCGUUGCCUUCGACAAAGGCACGAUGACGUUAACUGCGGCAGUUCCAGAGGCAGUUCCCACCAAGAGGAAAUGGGAGGAAGGAGGUUAUGCUGAGGGGCUGAAGCAGUACCUGGAGGAAACCUGCGUGGAGUGGCUGCGGAGAUAUGUGGAAUACGGGAAGGCUGAGCUGGGCAGGAGAGAGCGACCCGAGGUGCGAGUGUGGGGGAAGGAGGCCGACGGGAUCCUGACCUUGUCCUGCCGCGCUCACGGCUUCUACCCGCGGCCCAUCGUUGUCAGCUGGCUGAAGGACGGCGCGGUGCGGGGCCAGGACGCCCAGUCGGGGGGCAUCGUGCCCAACGGCGACGGCACGUACCACACCUGGGUCACCAUCGAUGCGCAGCCGGGGGACGGGGACAAGUACCAGUGCCGCGUGGAGCACGCCAGCCUGCCCCAGCCCGGCCUCUACUCGUGGGAGCCGCCACAGCCCAACCUGGUGCCCAUCGUGGCGGGGGUGGCUGUCGCCAUUGUGGCCAUCGCCAUCGUGGUUGGUGUUGGAUUCAUCAUCUACAGACGCCAUGCAGGGAAGAAGGGGAAGGGCUACAACAUCGCGCCCGGGAGCACAGGACUGGGUCUCACAGCUGUUCCUCCCUUAUAGACAGGGAAGGUGGAUCCAGCAGCUCGAGCACAGGGAGCAACCCCUCCAUCUGAGUGCUGUGCUUCAGCCUGCAAGGAGCCAACAGUCCACACCAGCAUUUGGGGUCGGUGAUGGACACAGCCCCAUCCUCUUGACCUCUCAGAUGUCCCUCUGCUUCCUAUGCUGACUGUUAUUCUUUGCCUGCACUGCUUCCUGUGAAAUAAAAUGAUGGGCCAUUCUGUGCUCAGCUUGCCUGCAUUCUGCACUGUGCUGUGGUUGGGGAUGGGGUGGGUGAGGGGACCGUGUCCCAGUUUGGCUGCUCAGGGUGCAGAUGUGGCCCUGUGCUGAGUACCCACUGCCCUCCCCCCCAUCUGCCUGCUGCUCACUCCCCCCUGUGUACCCCCAUCCCUUCUCACCUCUCCUCUGUGACCCCAUGCUGGUGGUUGCUUGCUCCCUGUCCUGGCAGAACUCUGAUUUUCCCAAUGGCAUCCCUGGGUGUUGGGAUGUGGUCUCCUUGGUCCUCCCCCCAGCAGUCACUGCACAUAUCCACCCCACUUCCCCCCCAGGUUGUUGUCCCACACCACUCCUAUUUCCCUCUCCUCCUUCCACCCCCUUCUCCCCCCCCCCCCCCCCCCCCCCAUCCAGCUGCCUCUGCAAUCCUCACCCACAACCUUGCCCACUCCACCUCCCUCAUCCCGCCCUUCCCCCAGCUCUCCUGUCCCUGCUGGGCCCCCUCCCCUCACAUUGUACCCUACACCCAAAUAAAUACGUUUGUUCUGCUGCCCUCCA